AUGGCUUUGGUUACGGGAGAAAUUUGGUUCAAGGUUCCCGAGUGCGUCAACAUUCGUUUCGAGGGCAAACCCGCCCGUGGGAUUGGCGGCAAAGAUGUGAUUCUCUACGUUCUUCAACAGCUCAAGAGAAACACGGUUGCUGCUGACCGUGUCGUGGAGUAUACUGGCCCGGGCCUGCAGUACCUUUCGCCGGAUGCCCGGUUUGCCAUAGCGAACAUGACAACUGAAUUCGGCGGGAUAACCGGGGUCUUCGUCCCGGAUGCAAUUACGCAAGAUUUCAUCCAGUCGCGGAAGCUACCGAAACACAAGAAGGACUCUCAUUAUUUCCGGCCCGAUGAAGACGCGGAAUACGCCGAGACCUGCGUUAUAGAUCUCGCAAAAGCUCAGUCUUUCAUCGCCAAGUAUCCCAAUCCUGAUGAUGUUGUGCCAGUGUCCGAAAUGACGAAUACGGUCCUUGAUGGUUGUUUUAUCGGUGCUUGUACCACUGCCGAAGAGGACCUUGUUCUUGGGGCUCUAGUACUUGAGCAAGGACUUAAGAACGGAAUGAGACCUGUCCAAAAGGGCAAACGAAAAGUCGUUCCUGGCUCACGUCCCAUCCUAGACAUGUUGCAGAAGACGGGUUUGACUGCCGUGUAUGAAGAAGCUGGGUUCGAGAUCGGCCUGCCGGGAUGUAGCUAUUGCGUUGGGUCGAUUGGUAACUUGGCGUCAGCCGCCACGGUCGCAGCAUCUUCCUUCUCGAUGAGCAUUACAGAUCCCCAACCAUUAAUCGAUAUGAUCGACUCGGGGCGCUGGGAUGCAAUCAAGGGCAGAGGGUCGCUGAAACCUUGGACGAGCUCUGAGCCUCUCUAUGUUGACCCACCCGAAUGUGCCACUGAAGGGCUCGGCACGGGUGACGGAAAGGGCGUAGACGCAGAAUCAGUGUCCUUGGAACACCCGGAUCAGGCAACAGGGCCUACGCCGGGUGUCCCUGAACGGACAGGAGAUUGCAUCAAGGGUAAAAUCCAACGGCUUGGUGAUUUCGUUGACACAGACGCUGUAAGUCUCUUGGGGAUUACAAUCACGAACCAGCGGUUCUUCGAUCUAGCGCUCGACGGAUACGACUUAUCUGUCGACCUGGUCAAGAACGUAGUCGUGGUUGGCGGGCAGGAAUUUUCUUUCAGUUUGAGCAAAAUGGAAAAGGAGCUGAUAGGGCUGGGAGGAAUUACACCUGGCUUCAUGAGGUUUGGCAAGCAAUUGUUCCAGGGGCUUUGCUCCAGCAGCCGGAGUCUAGCGGCGGGGCCCAAGGAGGGCGGCGCGGGUUGCUCAACGGGCAAGGCACUUGAGUGGUAA